UUGAACUUAUCAAGAACAAUACAUAACAAAGCAAGUAGCAACAAGAAUGGAGAAAGUAACAGGGAAAGGCCAUAGAUUACUACUCAUGCCAUCACCAUUCCAAGGACACAUAACACCAUUGUUGCACCUUGGAGACAUACUGUAUUCAAAGGGCUUCUCCAUAACCAUCGUCCACACAAGUUUCAAUUCCCCUGACCCGUCCACACACCCUCACUUCACCUUCCUUCCCAUCCAUGAAUCCUUGUCUGAAUCCGAAGCUUCGUCCAUUGACUCUUUGCAUCUCGUUGACCUCAUCAAUGUUAGAAUCGUACAACCUUUGAAGGAAUGUUUGGAUAAGUUGAUGCGGUCAAAGGAGGAGACUGUUUCUUGUUUCAUAGCUGAUGCUGUUCUGCAUUCAACUCAAUCUGUUUGUGAUGGAUUCAAGCUUCGGAGACUCGUUUUGAGGACCGGCGGCGCAACCUCCUUCGUUGUUUUUGCUUCAAUCCCUCUUCUUAGAGAGAACGGUUAUUUCCCAGUUCAAGAAUCUCGUUUGGAUGAGCCUGUUGUGGAACUUCCACCACUCAAAGUGAAAGAUCUUCCAUGGUUCGAGACACGUGACCCUGAACUGUUCUACAGUCUAACUAGUUCCAUUUUUGAUUCAUUGAAGGCAUCUUCAGGGGUGAUUUGGAACACAUUUGAAGAGUUAGAAUCAUCAACAAUAUCAAAAUUUGGCCAAGAAUUUAGCAUACCAAUAUACCCUAUAGGCCCUUUCCACAAGCACCACAUCCUAAAACCCUCAUCUUCUUGUAGCUUAUGGACCCCAGACACAAGCUGCAUUUCUUGGCUAGACACAAAAGAACCCAAAAGUGUUGUUUAUGUGAGCUUUGGUAGCAUCGCAUCGAUAACUGAGGCCGAGUUUUUGGAGUUAGCUUGGGGUUUAGCUCAUAGUAACCACCCGUUCCUAUGGGUGGUUCGGCCAGGCCUGGUCCGUGGAUCAGAGUGGACCGAACUAUUGCCGGACGGGUUCAUGGAGAGUUUGGGAGGGAGAGGGUGCAUUGUGAAAUGGGCUCCUCAAGAAAAAGUUUUAAGUCAUGAGGCAAUUGGUGCAUUUUGGACUCAUUGCGGUUGGAACUCAACUUUGGAGAGUGUUUGUGAAGGGGUUCCUAUGAUUUGUAUGCCUUGUUUUGGUGAUCAAAAGGUGAAUGCUAAAUAUGUGAGUGAUGUUUGGAAGGUUGGAGUAAAAUUGGAAGGGAAGGUUGAGAGGAUUGAGAUAGAGAGAAUUAUUAAGAGAAUAAUGAGUGGGGAUGAAGGAAAGGAGAUUAGAGAAAAUGUCUUGAAUUUGAAAAAGAAGGCAAAUUUGUGUUUGAAAGAAGGUGGUUCCUCCUAUAAUUACCUUGAUGCCUUGGUUAAUGCUAUGUAAAACUUCGUCCAUAGUUAUAUUUUAAUGUUUCAAAGUGAAUUUAUUUAAAAACAAAACACCAGCAAGUGAAGCUGUCGGUGUGGAGUCACUAAUCCAUCUACAAGGUGUUAAAGGAUCUAUGAAAAGAAAAAGUAUAUGGAAAUGGUACUGUUUUGCAAGAAGUCAUGUACAUGCUCAAAUCUAAAAUAGCUAAAGGGUUAACUUCUUUGGUUUUGUUUAGAGAUGAAAUUUAAAAAUGACAAUUGUCAAAGAAAAAGAUCUAAGGCUUAAGGAAAAGGAGAUGGAUAUGAAAAUCAUUUAUCAAGAGUCAAGACGCAUUAGGGAUGAGCGAAGACGCAUGUUUAGUAUUUGUGAUUUGCUCUUGAUUUUUAAUUUGAUCUUUUAUUUAAAUGUUUAUUUAGGUCAGCGGUGGAGGUUGAAACAAAAUUUUGGGGCUAAAAGAUAAUUGUCAAGAUGCUUUUGAUAUAGACCCAAUUUAAAAUAAGGUUGUCUAACCUCAUUUCUUUGAUUUGUGUGAUAUUGCCAAAUUUAAAGCUGCUUUCCAGGGUCUCGUUCUAAAGAAUUAAGGUCAAACUCAUCGGAUGCAACACUUUGAACUUUUGAAAGUUGUAUCUUAUUUAUUUCGUGAUUCAUUAAAGUAGAAGAAC